AUGAGCGCUGAUGCAGAGAUGGCCAUUUUUGGAGAAGCAGCUCCCUACCUGUGGAAAUCAAAGAAGGAGAGAAUCGAGGCUCAAAAUCGCCCAUUUGAUUCUAAGAAAGCUUGCUUUGCAGUGGAUGAUAAGGAAUUUUAUGUGAAAGGUAUGAUCCAGAGCAAGGAAAAUGACAAAGUCACAGUCCAGACCCUCGACGACCGGACACUCACUCCGAACAGUGACCAAGUCUUCCCCAUGAACCCUCCCAAAUUUGACAAGAUCGAGGACAUGGCCAUGAUGACCCACCUACACGAGCCAGGAGUGCUGUACAACCUCAAAGAGCGUUACGCAGCCUGGAUGAUCUACACCUACUCAGGCCUCUUCUGUGUCACCGUCAACCCCUACAAGUGGCUGCCGGUGUACAACCCUGAGGUGGUGACGGCCUACAGAGGCAAAAAGCACCAGGAGGCCCCGCCCCACAUUUUCUCCAUCUCUGACAACGCCUAUCAGUUCAUGUUGACUGAUCGAGACAACCAGUCCGUCCGCAUCACCGGAGAAUCCAGGGCUGGGAAGACAGUGAACACCAAGCGUGUCAUCCAGUACUUUGCAGCAAUUGCGGUCACUGGGGAGAAGAGGAGGGAGCAGCGUCCGGGCAAGAUGCAGGGAACCCUGGAAGACCAGGUCAUCCAGGCCAACCCCCUCCUGGAGGCCUUUGGAAAUGCCAAAACCGUGAGGAAUGACAACUCCUUGAGAUUCGGGAAGUUCAUUCGCAUUCACUUUGGAGCCACAGGAAAGCUGGCGUCAGCGGACAUUGAAACCUAUCUCUUAGAAAAAUCCAGGGUGACAUUUCAGUUAUCCCGUGAGAGAGGCUAUCAUAUUUUUUACCAAAUCAUGUCAAACAAGAAGCCGGAACUUAUCGACCUGCUUCUCAUUUCAACCAACCCCUUUGACUUCCCCUUUGUGAGCCAAGGAGAGGUCACCGUGGCCAGCAUUGAUGACAGUGAGGAACUGUUGGCCACUGAUAAUGCCAUUGACAUCCUGGGCUUCAGCUCAGAGGAGAAAGUUGGGAUCUACAAGCUCACAGGCGCCGUGAUGCGUUACGGGAACCUGAAAUUCAAGCAGAAACAGCGGGAAGAGCAGGCAGAGCCAGACGGCACCGAAGGUACCACAUCUGGGAAGGGGACAGAGGAGGACCCAGGGCUGAAAGGCCUGUGCUGUCCAAGGGUGAAGGUUGGGAACGAAUAUGUCACUAAAGGGCAAAAUGUCCAGCAGGUGACCAAUUCGGUGGGUGCUCUGGCCAAAGCCAUCUACGAGAAGAUGUUCCUGUGGAUGGUCACCCACAUCAACCAGCAGCUGGACACCAAGCAGCCCAGGCAGUUCUUCAUCGGGGUCUUGGACAUCGCUGGCUUUGAGAUCUUUGAUUUCAACAGCCUGGAGCAGCUGUGCAUCAACUUCACCAACGAGAAACUGCAACAGUUUUUCAACCACCACGUGUUCGUGCUGGAGCAGGAGGAGUACAAGAAGGAGGGCAUCGAGUGGACGUUCAUCGACUUCGGGAUGGACCUGGCCGCCUGCAUUGAGCUCAUCGAGAAGCCUAUGGGCGUCUUCUCCAUCCUGGAAGAGGAGUGCAUGUUCCCCAAGGCCACAGACACUUCCUUCAAGAACAAGCUGUAUGACCAGCACUUGGGCAAGUCCAACAACUUCCAGAAGCCCAAGCCUGCCAAAGGCAAGGCUGAGGCCCACUUCUCGCUGGUUCACUACGCGGGCACCGUGGAUUACAACAUCGCCGGCUGGCUGCACAAGAACAGGGACCCCCUGAACGAGACCGUGGUCGGGCUGUACCAGAAGUCUUCGCUGAAGCUGCUGUCCUUCCUUUUUUCCAACUAUGCUGGUGCAGAAGCAGGCGACGCCGGGGUGAGCAAGAAGGGUGGGAAGAAGAAGGGCUCCUCUUUCCAGACCGUGUCCGCUGUGUUCAGGGAAAAUUUAAACAAAUUGAUGGCCAAUUUAAGGAGCACUCAUCCUCACUUUGUGCGAUGUCUGAUUCCCAAUGAGACCAAGACUCCUGGCGUGAUGGACCAGCACUUGGUCCUGCACCAGCUGCACUGUAACGGGGUCCUGGAGGGCAUCCGGAUUUGCAGGAAAGGGUUCCCCAGCCAGAUCCUCUAUGUUGACUUCAAACAGCGGUACCGGAUCCUCAAUGCCAGCGCCAUUCCAGAAGGGCAGUUCAUUGAUAGCAAAAACGCCUCCGAGAAGCUUCUGAACUCCAUCGAUGUGGACCGAGAGCGGUACAGGUUCGGCUACACCAAGGUGUUUUUCAAAGCUGGGCUCCUGGGACUCUUGGAGGAAAUGAGGGACGAGAAGCUGGUGACCCUGAUGGCACGCACACAGGCCUUGUGCCGGGGGUACCUGAUGCGGGUGGAGUUCAAGAAGAUGACGGAGAGGAGAGAGUCCAUCUUCUGCAUCCAGUACAACAUCCGAUCUUUUAUGAACGUCAAGCACUGGCCCUGGAUGAACCCGUUCUUCAAGAUCAAGCCCCUGCUGAAGAGUGCAGAGGCCGAGAAGGAGAUGGCCACCACGAAGGAAGAACUUGAGAGAGCCAAGGAAGAACUGGCCACGUCUGAGGCUCGUCGGAAGGAGCUGGAGGAGAAAAUGGUGUCCCUGCGGCAGGAAAAUAAUGACCUCCAGCUGCAGGUCCAGUCUGUAAGUAUCUCCCUGAGACCAGGAGGCCCCACCAGUCUUGAGGGCUGCUUAGAGCAGGAGAAGAAACUGUGGGCCGACCUGGAGCGAGAGAAGAGGAAGCUGGAAGGAGACCUGAAGAUGUGCCGGGAGUCCAUCAUGGAUCUAGAAAAUGACAGGCAGCAAGUGGAGGAGAAACUGAAGAAGAAGGAGUCGGAAAUCAGUCAGUUACAGACCAAAGUUGAUGACGAACAAGUUCACAGUCUGCAGUUACAGAAGAAGAUGAAAGAACUGCAGGCCCGCACAGAAGAACUGGAGGAGGAGGUGGAACCAGAACACACGCUCAGAAGCAAGAUCGAGAAACAGCAGAAGCCCCGCUCGGACCUCUCCCGGGAGCUGGAGGAGAUCAGCGAGCGGCUGGAAGAGGCCGGCGGGGCCACUUCGGUCCAGAUUGAGAUGAACAAGAAGCGGGAGGCCGAGUUCCAGAAAAUGCGCAGGGACCUGGAGGAGGCCACCCUGCAGCACGAGGCCACGGCGGCCACGCUGAGGAAGAAGCACGCGGACAGUGUGGCCGAGCUGGGGGAGCAGAUUGACAACCUGCACAGGGUCAAGCAGAAGCUGGAGAAGGAGAAGAGUGAGCUGAAGAUGGAGACUGACGACCUGGCCAGUAACAUCGAGACCAUCUCCAAGUCAAAGAGUAAUGUGGAAAGAAUGUGCCGGACUGUGGAAGACCAAUUUAAUGAAAUCAAGGCCAAGGAUGACCAACAGACACAGUUAAUCCAUGAUCUGAACGUGCAGAAGACGAGGCUGCAGACCCAAAAUGGGGAGCGGAGCCACCAAGUGGAAGAGGAGAAGGCUCUGAUUUCACAGCUAACCGAAAGCAAGCAGGCCCUCACCCGGCAGCGGGAGGAGCUUAAGAGGCAGCUAGAAGAAGAGACCAAGGCCAAGAGCGCCCUGGCCCACGCCCUGCAGUCCUCCCGCCACGACUGUGACCUGCUGCGGGGACAGUAUGAGGAGGAGCAGGAAGCCAAGGCCGAGCUGCAGAGGGCACUGUCCAAGGCCAACAGCGAGGUGGCCCAGUGGAGGACCAAGUACGAGACGGACGCCAUCCAGCGCACAGAGGAGCUGGAGGAGGCCAAGAAAAAACUGGCCCAGAGGCUCCAGGAAGCAGAGGAAAACACAGAGGCUGUGAGCUCCAAGUGUGCUUCCUUGGAGAAAACCAAGCAGAGGCUCCAGGGAGAGGUGGACGACCUGAUGCUGGAUUUGGAGCGGGCCAACACCGCCUGCGUGCUGGACAAGACGCGGAGGAACUUCGAUAAGGUCCUCGCAGGCUGGAAACAAAAACUGGAUGAGAGUCAAGCUGAGUUGGAAGCUGCUCAGAAAGAGUCCAGGUCUACUGAAAACUUCAAGAUGCGCAAUGCCUACAAACAGGUGGUGGAUCGGUUAGAGACACUGAGACAGGAGAACAAAAAUCUGCAAGAAGAGAUUUCCGACUUAACCAUGCAGAUUACGGAAAUGAGCAAGAAUCUUCAGGAAGUGGAGAAGACCAAGAAGCAGGUGCAGCAGAAGCCAGACCUCCAGGCUGCCCUGGAAGAGGUGGAGGGUUCCUUGAAGCAUGAAGAGGGCAAGAUUUUGCAUGUCCAGCUAGAGUUGAACCAGGUGAAAUCUGAGCUUGACCGCAAGAUCACUGAGAAGGAAGAAGAAAUCGAGCAGCUGAAAAGAAACAGCCAGCGGGCAGCAAAGGCCAUGCAGAGCGUGCUGGAUGCUGAGAUCCGGAGCCGGAAUGUUGCUCUGAGGCUGAAGAAGAAGAUGGAGAGAGACCUCAGUGAGAUGGAGAUUCAGCUGGGCCACUCCAACUGCCAGGUGGCAGAGACCCAGAAACACCUGUGCUCAGUCCAGAGCCAGCUCAAGGACUCCCAGCUGCAUCUGUGUGAUGCCCUGAGGAGCAAUGAGGACCUCAAGGAGCAGCUGGCCAUCGUGGAGCGCAGGAAUGGCCUCUUGCUGGAGGAGCUGGAGGAGAGGAAGGUGGCCCUGGAGCGGGCGGAGCGGACCCGUAAGCUGUCGGAGCCCGAGCUGCUGGAGGCCCGCGACCGCGUGCAGCUCCUUCGCUCCCAGAACACGUGCCUGAUAAAUACCAAGAAAAAACUGGGAGCUGACAUAGCCCAAUGCCAGGCAGAGGUGGAGAACUCUAUCCAGGAGUCCAAAAAUGCAGAGGAGAAGGCCAAGAAGGCCAUCACGGAUGCGGCCAUGAUGGCCGAGGAGCUGAAGAAGGGGCAGGACACCAGCGCCCACCUGGAGCGGAUGAAGAAGAACCUGCAGCCGACGGUGAAGGACCUGCAGCGCCGCCUGGACGAGGCUGAGCAGCUGGCCCUGAAGGGCGGCAAGAAGCACAUCCAGAAGCGGGAGAACCGGGUGCAGGAGUUAGACAGCGGGCUAGAGGCUGAGCAGCAGGGGGGAGCCGAGGCCCUGAAGGGCGCGCACAGAUACGAACGGAAGGUGGAGGAAAUGACUUACCAGGCCGAGGAGGACCGCAGGAAUAGACUCCAGGACCUGGUGGGCAAGCUGCAGGCCAAAGUGAAGGCUUCCAGGAAGCAGGCGGAGGAGGCCGAGGAGGAGGCCAGCACGCAGCCGUCCAGGUGCCGGAGGGUCCAGCACGAGCUGGAGGAGGCCAAGGAACGGGCGGACAUCGCCGAGUCCCGGGUCAGCAAGCUGAGGGCCAAGAGCCGAGACAUGGGGGCCCAGGUGAGAGCAGACUUCCUCCCCAGACGUCCUAGGACCCAGGACCAGGCAGCACCCAGCAGAGUUUGGAGGGUGCCUGUCAGCGCAUCUUCCCCGCUGCUGGUCGUGCAUCCACGAAUGUCACUGCUUUAG